GUCAUCAUCUCCUUCUUUUCGAACCACUGAGGUCAGCCACAUUUCACCGCAAUUCUAUUCAACAACACCACCUUUAAUCUACCAUGUCUCUAACUCCUGCAACAAUGCGCCGUUUGAUGCGCGAGAUCACUGAGUUGAAGAACAACCCUCCGGAGGGCAUUCGCGUCGUCACGAGCGAGGAGAAUAUGCUUGACCUCACAGGCAUUGUUGAGGGUCCAGAGCAAACACCAUACGCGGGUGGGUACUUCAAGGUACGGUUCCAAUUUACACACGAAUUCCCCACUGCACCUCCAAAAUGCUGGUUUGCAACCAAGAUUUUCCACCCAAACGUCUCUUCCGCGGGAGAGAUCUGCGUGAACACGUUGAAGAAGGACUGGCAAUCAUCAUAUGGCAUUGGUCACAUUCUAGUGACAAUCAAGUGCCUCCUUAUUUAUCCCAAUCCCGAAAGUGCGCUCGACGAGGAAGCGGGGAAACUCCUUCUGGAGGACUACGAUGCAUAUUGUUCCCGUGCGAAGCUUAUAACAAGCGUGCACGCCGCUCCUCGCAUACGACCUCCCGAAUUUCAGACACCAUCCACUGAUAAAGAGGGAGAGUCGUCUACGAUUUCGAUACCGGCUCCGCUUCCAACACCAGCUGUGGUGCCACCACCGCCACAUAUUACGCUACCUGUUCCAACAUCUGCAUCAUCGCCUCGCAAAUCCAUGUCGCCCUCGCCACCGUCCCAACCUCUCCAAUCAUCACCAGCAAACACCUUGUCCUCGUCACUCUCCACGAGUACUGUGUCCAGCAAAGACGGCAAGGAGCGCUUAUCACCGCUGGGGACUGCAAAUUCCAAUGUUGCGGGCCCAGCUGCCAGCGCCGUUCCUACGACCAAAGCCGUCAAACGAUCCGCAGCCUCAGCUGGCUCGGGGAUAGAAAAACGUAAGAAAGCGUUGAAGCGUCUAUGAGAGUGCGUCAUGUACAUACACCGUGAUCUAGGGCAUUGGUGUAAUAGGGGGAUCGUUUUGUGCACAUAAUAGUUGUUCUGUUCUUUGUUUCCUGUCGAUAUGGCUGUCGUACUUGUUUUUCUUAAUAACAUAAUGGCCAAUACACAAAAUACACAAG